GGAACUAACAUCUCGUCAUUUGACAUGGCAUUGAAACUUUCUUUCAACGUUUUAUUGUUUUGUGAUUCAUUUGGUUCAACAAUCAACAUUCUCAUCAAUCAUUACACUCAAAUCUAUCUUGAUCUUUUCAUCAUUUCAUUAAUAUUGUAAAUAAAAAAAAUGUCGUCACCAUCACCUGAUCUAGUGAAUAUUGGUGCCAAUUGGUUUGAUGCAUUCCAAGAUAAUGGUGGUCCAAUAUUAUAUUCAUCAAUGAAUCGUACGGCUGCCAUUGAAGAUAUACGUAAUAUUCUGAUUUACAUUAGUUUUACAACAUUUUUUGUUGCAUUUCUAAUCAUUUUUCCUGGAAUUCGUAAAGAGCGUGUUUCAACAUUUAUAUGUGUAACGACCAGUUUAUUCAUUGGUGCCGUUAUUUUAAUUUCAAAUUGUGGAUCAAAUUGGCAUGUAGCAAAAGGAUCGAUCGCUGGACCGUAUCGUGCCUUUUCCAAAGAAAAAAUCUAUGCUAAUGUUGGUGUAUAUAUCGGUUUGGAUAGUGUCAAUAUUACAUUAAAAGCACUACCUAUACAUCAACAGCAUGAAGAAAUUAACUAUAACGAACGUUUCUAUUGGAUUGGUGCUAAUCAAAUGAAACAUGAAUUUCAACGUGCAUUAGCCAAAGGAUUACCAUUUCCAAUAUUGACCAUUUCAGAAUAUUUAAGCCAAGAUGGUGAAGGCUUUAAUUGGGGUCGUCAUUAUCGUUUGGCCGGUUAUUAUACAAGCAUUUCACUAUGGCUAGCGUUUGCAAGCUGGCUAUUAAUGAAUAUAUUGCUUUGUGCCGUACCAAGAUAUGGUGCAUAUACGAUGCAAUUAACUGGCUUACUAAUGUUACUAUCAAAUCUACUAUAUGUUAUGAUGAUACCAUCUAAACCAUUACGUAUACCAUUUGAAGGUUCAACAUUAAUAUUCACAUAUGGUUGGUGUUUUUGGCUUGUUUUUGCCGCUGGUUUAACAGCCUGUUUUAUCGGUGCAACCGUAUCCAUUGUUGAUAUUCUAUUUCCGAAUAAAUUUUCAACAAUACUUGAAGUUGAUUAUGAUACACCAUAUCGUUAUUUUGUUGGAAAUGAUAUACAUAUUAUUGGUUCAUUACCACCACCAUUAAAUGCAUAUUAUUAUCAUCAUCAACAUCAAUCAAGUCUAUCGACAGCAAGUCAUCAAAGUAGUAGCCAUCAUCUCUAUCAGAAAAAAAAAUCAUCCAAUAAUAUGAUUCGUCAUUAUUCAGCAUCAAAAACUGCUUCAUUAACAACAAAUACAUCAUCUUGUUGUGCUGGAUCAACUACACGAUUAACUGCACAUCAUCAAUCGAUAAUAAAAACAAAAAGUGAUGCAUCCACAUGUACUAGGGAUGAUGUUGAUGAUCUAAUAAUGAUGAUGGCUAAUGAAACUCAGGAAAAUCAUGAUGAAACAAUCACCGCCACUCAAUGUAUGACAGAUUCUGAUAGCAGCAGUAAACAAACAUUCAUAACUAAAGUGGAAAUCGAGUCAAACGCUAAUGAUGAUAAUAAUAAUAAUACGGUAAUUGUUUCAAAUUAUUCAAAGGAUUCUGUACAACGAACAAAUCAAUUGAAUCAAAAUGAUAAAAUAUUCGAUAAUAAUAACAGCAACAACGAUCACAAUGAUGAUGGUGAUAAGCAAUUUGCUUUUGAAAAUCGAGCUUAUCAAAUUGAUGAUGAUGAUGAUCAUUUUAAGAAUGAUAAUAAUAAUUGUUUAUUAAUGGAUGAAAAUCAAACAACUGUACAGCAGAAACCAAUGAAAGAAAAACCAUCAAAAGAAUUAUUGAUGAUAUCAACUACUCCAUCGCCAUUGAUGAAAUCUACAUCUUCAUCAUCGCCCUCGUCUUCCGCAUCAUCUAUAUCUACAGAUAUUGAUGAUGAUGAUGAUGAUGAUGUUGAUAAUGAUGAUGAAAAUGAAAGUGAUGUUAGCACAACAAUGAUCGAUGGAAAACGAGCUAUUUCAUUAUCGAAUUUUGGAAAAUAUACUGAACAACGUGAAAAACGUGAAGGUUUAUUCAAUCGUUCAUCAAUGAUUGGACCAACAUUUGGUCAUCCAUUGGCUAGUGCUGGAUUUCGUGCAGUAAAAUCUGGAUUUAUUACUAGAACACAACAACAGCGGAAAUUGGAAACAAAUGAUUCAAAAUCAAUGAAAAAAACUAUGGAUAAUAAUCGAAUAAAAUCAUCAUCAAUUACAUCACCAUCAUCGUCAGUACAGGAAAAGGAUACCACUACAACUAAUUUAAUCUACAAUAAUAAUAAUAAUAAGAAUACUACAUCCGGUGGUAGCAGUAAUGGUUAUCAUUCUACAUCAUCAUUAUCAUCAUCAUCAACGAAUGCGGUUCGUGUUGAUCUUUCAUCAUCGGCAGCCAUGUGGUGAUGAUGAUUAUGAAUAUGGAUUUGAAAUCGUAAUGCCAAGAAACAAAAACAAAAAAAAAACAAUGACAAUAUCUAUAACAUUAUCAUUAUAAUCAUCAUCAUAACAUUUGGAGACAUUGUUUCUAUUCAAUAAAAAAAACACCUAACCCACCCACCCACGCACAAACAUGAAUUUUUGAAUUUUUUUUUGUAGCCUAUGGCAUACAUAUGUAUGUAAUAUAUUGUCAACAACAGAACUAAAAAAAAAUGUCAUCAGAAAACUAGAGAAACAUACACACAGACACACAUUUGUAUUUUUUUUUCAAUAGGUCUCAUAUGUCAAGCACCAAAAACUUUUGAAUUUUCAUUCUUCUUUCAAUUCUAUCCAUGGUGAUGAUGAUGAUGAUGAUGAUAAUUAUGGUUCCAUAUGGUUUGAAUCAUCAUCAUUGUGUAUUGUAUGCAUUUUUUCACUGCUUUGUCUGCCAGUCUGCUUGAAUUCAAAACUAACAUUUUGGAUUUGGACAGAAAAAAAUAUAAUAUGAUCACACACACACACACACACACAUUCAUCAUAACAUUUUUUUUUAAUUAAGUCUUUGCUGCUAGUAGUUGUAUUUCAUUUGUUUCAUUUUAUGAAUUUUGAUUCGUAUUCCAUUUCAUAUUACAUUUGUUCCAUGUGUUCCUAUACAUUGAUGACAAACACACACAUAAAGAAAAAAAAAAAACACACUGGUUGUGCACGAAUUUUACAUCAUCAUCAUCAUCAUC